AAAGGCGAAGACUGUGUGCUGCUGAGCUCGCAGGGAGCCAGCCGGUUCCUGGGCAGGCAGCGAUCCCAGCCCUGAGGGAGCUGAGGCAGGAGGAUUGCCGUGAGUUCGAGGCCAGCCUGGGCCACGGAGCAGCUGAAGGCCUUUGAUAAUGAAGUCAAUGCUUUCUUGGACAACAUGUUUGGACCACGAGAUUCUCGAGUUCGCGGGUGGUUCCUGCUGGACUCUUACCUUCCCACCUUCAUCCUCACCAUCACGUACCUGCUCUCGAUAUGGCUGGGUAACAAGUACAUGAAGAACAGGCCUGCUCUGUCUCUCAGGGGCAUCCUCACCUUGUAUAACCUCGCAAUCACACUUCUUUCUGCGUAUAUGCUGGUGGAGCUCAUCCUCUCCAGCUGGGAAGGAGGUUACAACUUGCAGUGUCAGAAUCUCGACAGUGCAGGAGAAGGUGAUGUCCGGGUAGCCAAGGUCUUGUGGUGGUACUACUUCUCCAAACUAGUGGAGUUCCUGGACACGAUUUUCUUUGUUCUACGAAAAAAGACCAAUCAGAUCACCUUCCUUCAUGUCUAUCACCACGCGUCCAUGUUCAACAUCUGGUGGUGUGUUUUGAACUGGAUACCUUGUGGUCAAAGCUUCUUUGGACCCACCCUGAACAGCUUUAUCCACAUUCUCAUGUACUCCUACUACGGCCUGUCUGUGUUCCCGUCCAUGCACAAGUACCUUUGGUGGAAGAAGUACCUCACACAGGCUCAGCUGGUGCAGUUCGUACUCACCAUCACGCACACGCUGAGUGCCGUGGUGAAGCCCUGUGGCUUCCCCUUUGGCUGUCUCAUCUUCCAGUCUUCCUAUAUGAUGACGCUGGUCAUCCUGUUCUUAAACUUCUAUAUUCAGACAUACCGGAAAAAGCCAGUGAAGAAAGAGCUGCAAGAGAAAGAAGUGAAGAAUGGUUUCCCCAAAGCCCACUUAAUUGUGGCUAAUGGCAUGACGGACAAGAAGGCUCAAUAAAAUGAAGUGCCGGGGAACACAAACUGAGGUGGUGGCGGCGGCGGCGGCGGCAGCAAACAGACGAGCUUGUUUUAAAGCAGAGACUGAAUAGAAAGUUGUAUGUUUUAGCAUAAACUAAUUCCUUUUGAGUUUGUAAAUCAUUUGUACCCAGAAUGUAUUAUAAUAUAUUGCUAUUAGGUUACUCUACUAACUGGAGCCAUGCCGACCUCUACAAACCUUGAACAGGUGCACAGCCCCCUCUCCGGAGCGCUUUGUAAUGCCUUAUUCACGUCGAAAACCAGGAGACUCGGGCUUCGUUUCUUCAUGGCAAGUCUUCAGAGUUAAUUUUCUUUAGAUGUGUAAAACUGUUCAUUGUAGUGUAAAUGUCAGGGUCUGUUCUAGUCUAUGUCAAGCAAUAACUGUCAGUGCAUAAAUCGAUUAGUCUGCUGUUGCUUAAGGCAGCAGCCCCAGGCAGCAUUUAAGCGGGAUCCUUAGCAAGACAGAAUCCAGCAAAACCCUUUCCCCUCUCAAGCCAGGAGUCUCAUCUGCUACAUUUUUUUUAACCACCUCUGAUUUCCAACUUAGUGAUGUGGUAAUGAAAUUCGUUUGUCUUCAAUAUAGUUUGAAGAUUAGUCAUUCCAUGAAGGAACAGCCUCUUGAGCUGGGUAUGGUGGCACCCAUCUGUGAGUCCAGCAUUUGGGUAUUGAGACAGCCUAGGGUACACAGGCACAAGACCCUGUCUCAACCAGAAAAGAAAAAUGUGUUUGCCAAAUCAUAACUCAGGGGCUUUGAACAGAGCUGUCUCUGUUUCAAUUGGCAUCCUUGCUCAUCCAUUCCUGUCUACCUCCCUUGUUAGUCUAGAUUUCUGGAGUUAUGUUCCCCACAUCCAAAGCCAGUGUCUACAUACAGCUGCCAUGCCCUUUCUGAACAAAGGCUGGAGUUGUCCAAUUGCAGUUCUUCUUCGCAUAGAAAUGCAAUUGGAAUAUUUACAAAUCAUAAUCAACAGAGCCCCAGGGGCAAAAUAGACAUUCUAUUUGUCAGCUGUUGCUGCUGAGCCUGCUGGUGAACACCAUUGCAAGCAGUUGCUGAGCCUGCUGGUGAACACCAUUGCAAGCAGUUGCUGAGCCUGCUCGUGAACACCAUUGCAAGCCAUUGCUGUCAAGCUUCAUGAGUUAAAUUUAACUGUUAGAGAGGAGAAAAGCAUAGCAGUCAUUUGGAACGAUCUCGUGGGGUGGGACUAAGCCAUAAUGAUGUGUCUGGCUCAAGCAGCAAUGCUGUCCCUGCUCAGAACUGUGGUCUCUGUGGAGAACCUAGUACAGAGCCUGAGCAAGGCAAUGGACCACCUCCUUUUCCUCAAACUGAUGGAUCACCACUGUUAAUCUAUACCAGGUGUGAAAAAGGGCAUUUCCCAAAACAUACACAAAACACAACUUACUCUAUUUCCCCUCCAUUUCAGCAAAUGUGUUCUUGGUUCAUGGCACUGGCACCCAGCGCAUGGGCACCAGGUAGGUGUUCCUCGAGUGCCAACGGCGGGGCCUGCCCACCCCUGUCUUCCUUUCUGGGCAAGCUCCCAUUUUAACUUUUCCCUGUUAAAAAUUGUACUGAUGUUUUAAACUCGUAACUAUACCACCCUUCUCACUGGUGUAUUUUGAAAACCACCACAGUCCGAUGUCCUGUGCCAUGUCUGUCAUUCCUGUUGAACAGACUCUUCCUGUCUGGUGACCACCUAUGCUUCAGUGCAUUUUCUAAACAAUUUCUCAAACUGAUCUGCUCCCGGGUGCUUUCUUACCACCAUCUCUGGUGACUUAGCCUCAAAUUGGUGUUUUUCUUUCCCAAGAAUUCAUCUUAAGGGUUAGCUUUGAGUAUGUUACUGUCCUUCUAUGACAAGACCAAAGGAACAAACUCCUUGGUGAAUCUGGAGUUCAGCUUUAGUUUUCAAACACAAUCUGAAAUCUGUUAGUAAAAUGAAUUCUGGGUAAAAAUGAGACUCAAGAGGCAUCACUGGCCAUUGUACCAGAUUAUUCCUGCUCGCCAGUGAGAGGCGUUUAAGUCGCGCUGUGCAUCGUACCUUCAGUUUAGGCUGUUUUCAUGACCUCACAUCUGUGUAGCACAAAGGGUGUUAUCUUCCUAUAGCAGAUCAACAGUGGCAGCUCACAGUACCAGCCAGCUUUAGACCUCCCAGUGCAAAGCCCAGCGCAGCACUAAGCCUUAAGCCACCCAAGGGCUGACACACCAUGCAGAGCUACGAAAUCUGUGCUGAGAAAAUGCCAUCUGGAAAGAUUUUUAACCCAUUCAUUCUUAGUGUGAAUUUUCUAAAAUAGAAGUAUAAAAAAAAAGUCUCUAUAAUCUGAUAGGAAACCGUCUUUUCCCAAGUGAAUUCCCUUUUAUUCAUGAGAACAAAAGUACUUAGAUACUAUAAAACCUUAAUUUCCCCAACUUUUAAAAUAAAAUGGAAUAUUUGCUGAAUGAAUUAAGCAUAGAAAAUGUCAACCCAUCAGAAUUAUAUUUAUACAUAUUGGUGGAUAAGUUCUUGUCUUCCCACAUCAGAGAAUUUUUUUUUAAACCAAAAUGGGCAGAAUAGCAUUUUGUAUGUUAGAGACCAUUCUUUUCUAGUCCUUCCAAACAUUCCUGUGUCACUUAAGAAUGUUAGUAGAGGUCGCUUCUUUGGAAAUUGAGGACUUUUUUUUUUCCUUUGAAAGUAUGGCAUCUGAAGAACACAGUAUCAUGACUCGGGUGGAAAGGGAGGCAGAAGCCAUUUUUCUUUUAGAUGAAAAGCAUUCUGUGUGAUUGUUGUAUAAUAAAUUGAUUUUUACACUAAAACAUCUUGCAACUUUUCUUAUUUGGUUCAAAGAAACUAAAAUGUGGGCCUGUGCAGUAUUCCAAGUGGCCUAUUAUUCAGAGAUUAUUUACCAAUAAAGUGAUAUAUUAGUGAU